CCUCCCGCUCUUCUUCUUCCUGCUCCUGCCUGCCUGCCUGCCUGCCUGCGGGCGGCGCCGCCCAGUGAGGCCUCUCCGCGCUCGGCGGCGCCCCCAGGCCCGGCCGGGCGAAGGCAGCGCGCGGGAGGACGAUGCUGCAGCCCCGGCGCUGAGCCUGCCGCUGGUGGGCUGAACCAGGAGAAUGUUCGUCAUCAACCCUCUGGAGAACCUCAAGGUGUACAUCAGCAGCCGGCCCCCGCUGGUGGUGUUCAUGCUCAGCGUGAGCGCCAUGGCCAUCGCCUUCCUCACCCUGGGCUAUUUCUUCAAGAUCAAAGAGAUCAAGUCACCUGAAAUGACGGAGGACUGGAACACUUUCCUUCUGCGGUUUAACGACUUGGACUUCUGCAUUUCGGAGAAUGAAACCUUGAAGCACCUCAUGAAUGACACCACGACCCCAGAAAGUGCCAUGAGCAGCAGCAGCAGUGGCGGCAGCCACGCUCGGCCUUCCACGCCGUCGCCACAGACGCUGGAGGACUCCGGCCCCAUCAACACCUCGGUUGCCGUCACUCUGACGCUGGACCCUCUCAAGCCCUUUGGCGGCUUUUCUCGGAACGUCACGCACUUGUGUUCCACCAUUUUUGGACACCAAAUUGGACUCUCAGGCAGAGAAGCUCACGAGGAGAUCAACAUCACCUUCACCUUGCCUGCCGCCUGGAACUCGGACGACUGCCUGCUGCAUGGCCACUGCGACCAAGUUGUCUUCACCACCUGCCUGACUAUCACGGCCGCCUCCACCGUCUUUCCUGUCACUGUCCAGCCCCCGCACUGUGUUCCGGAGACCUACAUUAAUGCAACCUUCUGGUACAAGAUCUUCACCGCCGCAAGGGAUUCCAACACAAAAUACGCCCAAGACUACAACCCUUUCUGGUGUUACAAAGGAGCUGUUGGCAAAGUCUACCAUACGUUGAAUCCCAAACUGACGGUCAUUGUUCCAGACGAUGACCGCUCCCUCAUCAACCUGCAUUUAAUGCACACCAGUUACUUCCUCUUCGUGAUGGUCAUCACCAUGUUCUGCUAUGCAGUCAUCAAAGGGAGACCGAUUAAGCUGCGGCAAAACACCUCGGAGUUCUGCCCUGAAAAGGAUUUGGGCAUGGAGUCCACCUCCUUGGAUGAUGUGCUGUAUCGCUACGCCAGCUUCAGGAACCUCGUCGACCCCAUCACCCACGACCUGAUCAUCAGCCUGGCCAGGUACAUCCACUGCCCCAAAGCGGAGGGCGACUCGCUGGGGGCCAUGGAGAAGCUGUGCCGGCAGCUGACCUACCACCUGAGCCCCCACUCCCAGUGGCGACGGCAGGGCAUGGUGAAGAGGAAGCCGCAGGCCUGCUUGAAAGCCAUCCUGGUGGGGAAUCCUCAGGACAACACGGUGGACCUGUCUGGCAUCCCUCUGACCUUGAAGGAACUAGACCGGGUCAUCUCCUACCUCCGGCACAGCUCGGAGCACGUGGAGAACGUGGAGCUCUGCUUCACGGAGCUGACGGAUGAGUUGUUCCUGCAGCUGCUGCCUGUCCUCAGCGCCCUGCCUCGCCUCAGCACGCUCUCCCUCAAUGGCAACAGGCUCACGAAGGCCAUCCUGCGGGAGCUGACGGAAGCCCUGAAGGACUCCCGGAAUUUCCCCAGCAUGACCUGGAUCGACCUGGGCAACAACGUGGACAUCUUCUGCCUGCCGCAGCCCUUCCUGGUCAGCCUGAAGAAACGGUGCCCCACGCAGGGCAGCCUGCCGACCAUCCUGGAGUUUGGCGAGAGCCAGGUGAGCGACUUGGAGAGCCAAGAGGGGCUCCCCUCUGGGGACGAGGACAGGAGCGACAGCAGUGCGGGGGAUGCCGGGCCCGGGCAGGGGCAGGCAGGUGACGCGAUUGAGGUCCGGCUGCUGCCGAGUGAAUCUGCCGCGCGAGACGAGCUGGUGCCUGGUCUGCUUCAGACAUGAAGAGCGUCUGCCUCUCAUGGGCUCCGAAGGGACCCUCCCAACAGCAGCGACGAGUCUUGGCCAGGCUCAGCGGACGCCGACGAGUUGCUCUUGCGGUCAUGAAUGCCAGUCAGUUUUCAUUUCAUGGAGGACCAGGUGGUUGUCGGUGGGAAAGGGCGUUGAGCCUUUUAGCUCCCCAGCUCUUGUCACUAGGACGGAGGAGACCCGUGUGGCCUCUGCGGCGCUAGAAAGAGGAAAAGGCGUCAGGAUUUCCAUUUUGGCUAUAGCGCCCAUCCCCCAUCCUCAUUACAGACUGGCUACAGAUGUAAAACUAGCAAAACCUUGAACUUCCCAGAUAAAUAAUUGUUUUGAGUAGCAAUUUCAGGAAAGGAUUUCUACUUUUGGGUAAAAGAUGGAAGGGUUGCAGAGAGCUGGGCCUGUUCCACAGAACGGAGCGAAACACUUGUGGCUUUCAGGUGCAAUUGGGCAAAACCAGUGUGAUGGCAGCCACCGGAACGAAAUGCCGCAGAGGAACACUGCGUGUGAUGGCAUGGGAGGCUGCAACCUUGAUGAAGCUAAGCGGGGCUAGGCCUGGUCAGUUUCUGGAAGGGUGACUACCUGGGAACCCCAUGUACAUGGAUCCCUGCCUUGAGCAGGGGGUUGGACUCCGUGGCCUUGCAGGCCCCUUCCAGCUCUGCCAUUCUACGAUCUACACUGUGAUCUGGCCAACGAGCGAGUGGGGUUUCCGGCCCUCGGCCCCAUUCGCCUCCCAAGUUCCACAAUUUAACAUGCUGAACUCAUCACUACAACGCAGGAUGUGAAUCAGCAGAAGGGCCCACCUGUUGGAUCUUGCAGUUGUUUCCACUGCUUCUGGAUUGGUUUGCACAUCGAAGACGCCGGGGCAAAGGGAAAGCGCUCCGGACGCCCUUCGCUUUCAACCCAGGGGGCUUAAGCCCCGUGACCACUCUGUCUAAAGAGCAGAUGCUUGGUGGGGGUGGGGGGCUGUGGUAACGUAGCUGGUCGUGGCCGUUUCAUAUAUUCAUAUUGCAAUUAAUUGUGUGGAAUAGCUGUGCUUCCUCACAGGGGUUUCUGUGUGGCGACUGCGUAGCUCUGCCGUUCUCAGCUACUUUGAAUUUUCCAUCACUGUGACAAGGAGGGGAGCCUGGGGGGCAGUUCGGACGCAGAGCUCCGCUCUGGCCUCGAGUCUCCCUGACCUUCUAGGGUACUUUGCUUCCUGCAAAAGGAACGGAGCCACGGCCAACCGGGCCUUGCUGUGAUGUGGUCCUCAUGGCGCCUGCUUCCUUGCUGGACUGGCCACCCCCACCCCCUGCCAGGAUUGAGUCAGUGGCCUCUGUCGGGUCUUCGUUUUGGCUACUGAGAGUGCUUUCCCUCCCCCAGCCGAAGGAAGUGACCCCCCAGUGCCAGGCAUGAGUCUGCUGCAAGGAGGUCAGUCUCUUCAUCCAAGGAAGGACCAAACCUGCUUCCAGGCUCCUUCGCCUUCCCACACCAGCGCCCUCCACCCCUUCAGCUGCAGCCACGGAUGAGCUUCCCCCGUGGCACCCACGCAAGCCACGUUCCCCAUCUGCUGCCGUCUCCGGGACCUGUGCACCCUUUCUGGAGGGGCCAACCUGCUCUUCCUAGGAGUCAAAGUUUUGUCCUAAUUUGCAUGUAGCUGGAUUUUUUUUUAAUAUGCUUUGUAAAGCAAGCGUGACAAUAAAAUCUCUCAUUUGAAAUAG